UCACUGCAAACCAAUUUAUUACCACUCAUUGCUCAGAAGAUCUCACGACAAGAGAUUAGCAAAAAUAGUUUAGGCUUUGAAUUUGAUGACAACGAAGACUUUGAGUCUUUUUUCUUGAGGUUUAGAGCAGACACUAUAGAACUUCUCCGACAAAUGACAUAUCCAGUCUUUUGCGCCGAAAGUGACACUCUUUUGCGUUUAUUAAUUGACAAAACCUUAAUGAGAGACAACCCUAAUGUCAUUUCGAGCCAACUCUCAUGCAUAUCAGCCCUAACCGUAUUUCUGCCACACAUUUCCGAUUAUUCACUCAAACACAUCAUUGAAAGAACAUUAGUGUUAUCUUCGUUUACAAUCGAUGGUCAGGAGACCAAAUCCAAAGACGUGAAGAAUCUUCGCCGACACGCGUGUUCUCUAUUCAUUAAAAUAUGUCAAACAUAU